GGAGAAAUCAUUCACUGGUGUAGCUGCUUCCCGUGCAGUCUGUCAGCAGGAGUAGUAGCGUACGUCGAUCCUGUGACUAUUUUCCUCAUUGUCGACCAUAGUGUCAAGGAGCCAGAGGCGCAUGCUCUGUGCGUACAGUGUGCCUCACCUGAGACCUGUUGCUCAGCUGCGGAUGCUACUGUGAGAACGACUGUGGCGCGUCUAAAUGAUGCUUCUCUUUAUCAUUCAUUUAUGGAAAUAAAUGAAGCGCUACAGACCUGCCAUGCUAUCACCAGCCUAUAACCAAGCCGGAUGAAAAAACGAAAACAAAAGGGGGACACCACAAGCCAGUGUGUCUUUUGUCUCAGUUUGCUUAAACAACGAGAGAAGUUCACUCACCUGUGAGUGUCUGACUUGUACACUGCAGGCAAUGGGCAGAUGCUGCAAAUGCAACAGGAGACUGCUGUGCAUGUGCUUGCUGCCUUGCAUGAUGACUGGCCACCUUCUGAUUUAUAUCCUGGUGUCCAUAUUCGUCACCAUCUCCUACACUCCUCCAAAAAUAAACGUCCACUAUAUUGCCCCGGGGAUUGCUCCUAACUCUUCUGCUUUGGCCUCUCACCCACUUGGCCCUUUCUGGAACCUUCGUCUGGAGGACAGUGCACUGUGGAACCAGUUGCAGCAUGCUUGGGAUCGUCAGCACAAUCCAAUACUGCGAGGAAACACAACAGGGCUAAUGAGGAAGCCGAGAGCUAAGCUUGAGUCAGAAGUCGAGGUUGAGUGCCUCUCUGACUGCAUGUCACACAAGUGUACGCUCCCUCGUAUGCAAGAUUUAAACAGCCUGCCCGAAAAAAUGAUAUCAUUUAUCAGGUCAAUGCACUGCAGGGAGUAUCCGCUCCUGAUCAAUCAGCCUGGUAUGUGUAGGAGGCAGAACAGUAGCUUUGGUUUGGACACUCCCAUGCUCCUCAUGGCCGUCAAAUCUCAAGUGGGAAACUUUGAAAACAGGCAGGCCAUCCGUGAAACAUGGGGACGCAGUGGUCUGGUGAGGGGGGAAUCAAUUAAGAAAGGCGGAUUAGUGCACACAGUGUUUCUACUUGGGAGGCAGGACUCAAGUACAGGUCCUCAUCCAGACCUCAAUAACCUCCUGAAUCUUGAGAACCAGAAAUAUGGGGAUAUCCUACAGUGGGAUUUUAGAGACACAUUCUUUAACCUAACCCUAAAGGACCUGCUGUUCUGGCAUUGGCUCCAGCAGUACUGCCCCACUGCCAUCUUUGUGUUCAAAGGCGAUGAUGAUGUCUUUGUUCGAACAGAUGCCCUUCUGGAUUACCUGAACAAGCAGUUAGAGGAGCAGAACCUGUUGAGAGCCCGUACAAAUGAAACUAGCAUGAAUUUGUUUGUUGGGGAUGUAAUCAAUAACGCAAUGCCAAACCGUGAACCAUCCACUAAAUACUACAUACCAGAACGUUUCUACAAAGGUGGUUACCCACCGUACGCAGGUGGAGGAGGGGUUGUGUAUUCUGGCUCACUUGCGUUACGACUGAAAGAGGUGUCUCAGAGGGUGCGCCUUUUCCCUAUAGACGAUGUGUAUCUGGGAAUGUGCCUGCACAGACUCGGGCUCGCUCCAAGCCAUCACGCAGGUUUUUUAACCUUCGACCUCCCAGAGACAGACAGGGGAAAUCCUUGUGCGUACAGAUCCGUUCUGCUGGUUCACAGACGGAGUCCCAAAGAGAUGCUGACGCUGUGGAACCAGCUCCAGAAUCUCCCCGGUCGAUGCUAAAGCUCAUUUGCCUGCCAAAUAGGGAUUCAUUGAGUACAGGGUGAAUGCUGCCAUCACACUCAAAUGAAAAACAUAGACACUGUGACUGCAUAUUCUUGUCAAGCAGGUAGUACCCUAUGAGGGUCGCAUGUAAUGUACCUUUCCUCCAAAGAGUUACGUAAUUCUGAGGAGGAGACUGAUCUACCUCAAAGGGUACUUUUUUUUUUGAGGGCAUUACACAAUUUGUUUUUAAUCAAUACUGAUAUGUAUUUGUAAUAUUUCAACCUAAAAGUUUUAUUUUACUACCUUAUAAAGAAAAUGUAAAUAUAAUACUUUAAAUAUUGCUUCAUAAUGUUUGAAGAGAAUACUUUAGAUAUCUCUGUGAUAUGUUUGAAGUUCCAGCCAAGAGGAAAUUUAAAAAUGUCUCACAUCCACUUUGUCCAACAUGAAAAAUGGAACAGAUCCUGGUGAAAUUGAUCGUUUUCAUGCGCAGUAAGUUUGCUAAUAAUAUAUAGCAGUGCCUGACUUUGACAGCGGUUAUCUUUCAGCCAGGGAAGGUGUAAUGUUUAGAAGAAUUAUUACCAUGGCAGCUCGGCUGAUGUUGUUUUCACCUUGUGAGUGUGUGUGUCGUCAUGGCAAAAUGUGGUCCUGGAGACACCUACUGUAGCAGGAACUACCACAGAGGCGGUUUGGAGGUGUUUAUAUGUCUGUGGACAGGUUCUUUCAGCACAAAAGCGUCACAACCCUACAAAAUACAGUCGUUAAAAUUUACAGGGAAAUAGUUGACACCAAAAAGAAAUGAACGCGAAUUUUUUUUUCCCUGAACAGAUGCUGUUUUACACUAAUGGUUACUAAAAACAAAAGUCCACAAAUAUUGAUUGAUUUGAAAAAAUGAAUAGGACUGUCUGGUCUGGUGAGGUUAUGCAGCUGAUUAUUUAUUGAAUGAUCUUGUCUUCAAAUUGGGGUGAGGUAUUAUUGGAGAUGAACCAGCAUGUUAUUUGUUGCUGCCCUCAAGAAAUGCUAUUAAAAUGUAAA